UAAUUACUACAUUUUAUUUUAGGGUUUACAGAGAGGGAGAGAGAGAAAAGCAUGACCAACGCCAUGGCUUGCACUAUUGACUUCCGCCGCCUUGAUGAAGGCUUCGGCGGCAAAACGUACAAACGAAAGCGACAAGAAUCUCAGAUCGUUGCCGAUGACGACGAGGCUGCCCCCGCCGCCGCGUCCAUGGACGUGGAUGAUUCUUGCCCCCCACCCGCAAAGCGUUCAGCCGUGCCUUCCUCGGACGACCCCAAUAAACCCACCUUCGGUCAACCCACCUACGACGGCGUGAUUGCGGGUAAGGUGUCUGGUAGGAACUGGAAGCAGCCAAGAAAGCAGCGUGCGUCAGCGAAGCACGUGAGCAUAAGGAGGACGAGCUUGGAGGAGAGGGAGAGGCAAAAGGAGAUCAAGAGAGCUUAUAGAGAGAGGAUUAAUGAGUUGAAGGAAGAGAUACGGCAAAAUAAGGUGGAGAAGAGAAAGAAGAGAGAGGAGAGAGAGAAGAAGAAGAAAGAGAACAUAUUGAGGUCUGGAACUAAGUUUCAGAAGAUUACUAAUCCUAAUACUUUGAAGAAGAUUGCUAAGUCCAAGCACAAGAAGUUGCUUCAAGUUGUCCCUGAUGAAUUUCUUCACAAGAACAAGUGAUAAUGAUAACAAUAAUACCUUUGUUUUGUUUUUCUUGUUUUUUUUUUCUCAAUGUGUACUUCAUUGCUUUAUCUGGGAUUAGUGAAAUUAAAAUUUAGUUUGGUUUCUUUUGAAAGACAAGUUGAAUUGGAUAGGGAAGGAGAAGGGAUAUUAUGUUUUGAUUGAUUUGAUGAAUAUGUAAGUGCAAAUUUUGAUGAAAUUAAAUCCCCUUUCAACGA